AUGGACGCCGAAGGCUACGACUUUCUCCGGCAACUGCACGGGCUUCCCCGCAGGCACACGCCUAACUUACGCGCUUCUCCUCUUACCGAAGCCGCCGCCCGCCGUAGGCUGAGUUUGUUCGCCACUCUCGCCGGAAACGACUUCGCCGAUUUCAAGAACAUCGGCCCUGUCAGGGCGGCCAAAGUAGCCUUCGAAUUGAUCGAACCAGAUCCUCGGGGAACAGCCGCCGUUGUGCCUUUUGAGGCGCUUGUGGGCAACUUGGCAAGGAUCGUCGUGCAGGACUCCAAGGAGGAGGAAACACCAGCGGCCCUGGAGGAGGCGGAGGAAAAGCUCAGGAGGUCUCAUAACAUGUUCCACAAUGCGGUGGUGUGGGACCCGUUGAAGAACACCCUCCGACAUUUCUCCUGUGCUGCGUCUUCGCUGGCCUUCACCAAAGACACAGGUACCCUGGAGUUUUCCUCUGUCGCCUCUGGCAUAGCAUCGGGGGAAGUUUCUCCUACCACGGGCCAGGUGUGGGCCCCGCCAUUACUGGAGACCCGGAUAGCACAAGAGUUUCGCCGUGCUACACGACGGGCCGGGAGCCAGACGCCGCCGCCGCCGCCGCCGGGACCGACGCCGACCCCGGACCAGAGUACGGGCCGGAACAAGCGCUCUCGCAAGGCGGUGACUCACGACACCAACAACUACCAUAAGCACGGGUUUAGUCGUCUCCCCGGUGCCGAAGAAGACUUCAACAAGUGGACAGUCGCACAGCUACGCGAAUUCCUCAGCGUUUUUAGGUGCCUCGACCACGCCGGCCACAGCGCGUACCUCAAGGGCCCCCUCGCCGAGCUGGCGGGGCAGGUAGUGGCGAUGAUCAAGAAGUGCGGGUUGCUCAACAGCAACCAAGCGUUCCGCCAUCCUGUCCCAGAUCUCAGCUCUUUCCAAGACAAGGAGCGCAUGGCCAUGCCCGAACUACCCGGCCCCCGUUCGCAGAUAAGCGGCUUUGAACAUCUACAGCAGCACCUCCCCGAAAUGUCCAAGUCGGUGAUUCUGCAGUUCCUCCGACAAGUCAACCCCAUCUCUGGCGAGGGUUCGCGGGUUUGGUACAGGGGGAUGCAGAAGGUUAUGGAUAUGGGAAACCUGAACAGGUUGUGGGGCGUCCCGGCCAAGAACGGGUUGAUGUAUCUGUGAAUGAGGUAAGUAGCCACUGGAUGGUGCGACCGGAAAGUUACCACGCGAGAGGUACUUACUAUUGUUGUUGCUGUCACGUGCUGGUGGCGUCGUAUCCUUUCGGCAGGCCUGUAAGCGCUUCUCCCACACCGAACGCAGUCUUACCGCUACCAACUACAUUCGACACGCAUUUCGCGCCAUAGUCUUCAAGAUCACACCACAACCGCCCCCACCCCCACCCCCUCCUGCAUCCCUCAUGCUCUGGUAGCUUCGUUGGUGCUCUUUUGGCGCAACCCACUAGUUCACUUCUACGGUAAGACGCCCACAUUGUUAUGCCAUGCUCCUGACAAAUGAAUACCCGCCAGUCCUCUUUAACGGUAAGAAACCCGCUUAUUUGUUUUCAUGCUUGUGACGCAAAUACGACCUUGCCUCGACGAUUGUACCUCACGCCAUCUUCCUUACGUCCACGUUCGCUUCUGGUCAGCGCCAGUGCCUCCUUCUCGGAUACGAAAACGUACGAGGUCCGCAUACAACUGCGGGUGGAGGCGUUGGACGAGAGCGCUCAUCCCUCAGCAGCGGAGGAGGAGGGGCACGGGGUAGAAUCUGGGCAAUGGCCGAGACAGCCCCUCGUCGCCCUUGGUGUGGUCGCCGCUCUGUGCGAGUGUCCUGCCGGCAUGAGCGGGGGAUGCUCCCACACUGCAAUGGUCCUCUUCUUGACUCGUCUGCUGCAGAUGACCGAGGACGAACUAGCUACGUUCAACCCAUCUACAUGUACCGGUCGAGCUUGCAGUUGGAUCAUGCAGAAC